AUGGCUGAAGUUGGGGCAAAUCUCACCCUGGUCUCUGAGUUCCUACUCCUGGGCCUCUCGGAAGACCCCAAGCAACAGCAGCUGCUGUUCAUACUCUUCCUGAGCAUGUAUCUGGUCACGCAACUGGGGAACCUGUCCAUUAUCCUGGCCAUCACCACUGACAUCCGGCUCCACACGCCCAUGUACUUCUUCCUGGCCAACCUGGCCCUCGUGGACAUUUGCUUCACCUCCACCACCAUCCCCAAGAUGCUGGCCAACCACGUGUCAGGACACAAAGGGAUUCCUUAUGCUGGCUGCCUGACCCAGAUGUUCUUCUUCAUCUGGUUCGCCGGCAUCGACAGCUUCCUGCUGACCGCCAUGGCCUAUGACCGCUAUGUGGCCAUCUGUCACCCUCUGCACUAUGCUAUGUCUGUGACACCACAGCUCUGUAGCCUCCUGGUGGCAGCGUCCUGGACUGCAGCCUUCGGGAAUGCCCUGACCCACACAGUACUACUGACCCGUCUCUCAUUCUGCACCCACAACCGGAUCCCCCAUUUCUUCUGUGACCUGAGUCCUCUGCUGAAGCUCGCCUGCUCUGACACCUUUCUCAACAAUGCAAUGGUAUACACUGUGGGCGCCCUGCCUAUCAUCACCCCCUUUGUGGGCAUCUUGGUCUCCUACACACGCAUCUUUGCUGCCGUUUUAAGGAUCCCGUCCAUGAGAGGCAAGCGGAAGGCUUUCUCUACCUGUGGCUCUCAUCUCUCUGUGGUGUCCCUCUUCUACGGCACCAUCAUUGGGGUUUAUUUCAGCCCCAUGUCUUCCCAUACAGCCCAGAAGGACACAGUCGCUGCAGUGAUGUACACUGUGGUCACUCCCAUGCUGAACCCCUUCAUCUACAGCCUACGCAACAGCGACAUAAAGGGCGCCUUGGGGGCCCUCAUCAGCAGGAGGCCAGUUUUUAUUGAGUGA